GAUCCAAAUGAAGAUACAGAAUGGAAUGAAAUUUUAAGAGAUUUUGGAAUUCUUCCUCCAAAAGAAGAACCAAAAGAUGAAAUUGAAGAAAUGGUUUUACGUUUACAGAAAGAAGCAAUGGUUAAACCAUAUGAAAAGAUGAGUCUUGCACAGUUGAAGGAAGCUGAAGAUGAAUUUGAUGAAGAAGACAUGCGAGCUAUUGAAGUAUAUAGAGAAAAACGUCUGCAGGAAUGGAAAGCUCUUAAGGAAAGACAAAAAUUUGGGGAAUUGAGAGAAAUUUCUGGAAACCAGUAUGUGAAAGAAGUCACAAAUGCAGAAAAAGAUGUGUGGGUUAUAAUUCAUCUAUACAGAUCAAGCAUCCCAAUGUGUUUGUUGGUUAACCAGCACCUUAGUCUCCUAGCAAGAAAGUUUCCAGAAACUAAAUUUGUUAAAGCCAUUGUGAAUAGCUGUAUUCAACACUACCACGACAAUUGUUUACCAACAAUUUUUGUUUAUAAAAAUGGUCAGAUAGAAGGAAAAUUCAUUGGAAUUAUAGAAUGUGGAGGGAUAAAUCUCAAGCUAGAAGAACUUGAAUGGAAACUAGCAGAAGUUGGAGCAAUACAGACUGAUUUGGAAGAAAACCCCCAAAAAGGCAUUGUAGAUGUAAUGGUAUCUUCAAUUAGAAACACUUCUAUUUAUGAUGACAGUAAUAGUUCAAACAGUGAUAAUGAUGAUACCAAAUAG